UUUUUUUAUUAGCAGCAUUUGCAUUAUUCACACUGCAGCUAUUUGCUCACUUGCUAUUCUAAUAAUCUAGGAAACAAAAUGGCCUUGGAUACUACUGCUAAGACUAAUGUUGGAAAAAGGGUUUUGAGUCAGGAUAGAAAAACAUUAGUGGAGCAGCAAACCUCUCACUGUAUGUAUUGUGUUGUGCAUGAGACAGUAGUAGUCCCUCAAAAGUGGGAUUCACACACGUGCUUUACAAAUUACAUUUUGGUACCAUUACAGCUGUGUGAGUGUGCAGUUUAUUAUGCCUUAAUUCAGAUUGUUGCUUUUUUCCCCCUCUAGGUCCCAAAACAGUGUUUUUCUGGGCACCUGUUAUGAAAUGGGGUUUGGUAUGUGCAGGAAUGGCUGAUAUGACCAGACCAGCAGAAAAACUCAGCACAGCACAGUCUGCAGUGUUAACGGCAACAGGCCUUAUUUGGUCAAGAUAUUCCCUAGUUAUUAUUCCUAAAAACUGGGGUCUAUUUACUGUCAACUUCUUUGUUGGGUGUGCCGGUGGUUCCCAGCUCUUUCGUAUAUGGCGAUAUAACCAAGAGCUAAAAGCCAAGGAACAAGAGAAUCUGCAGCAAAAGGAACCUUAAGCCUACUAGUCAAAUCCAGCUGUGCACAUAAACUUCCAGUGGGACCUAGCUUGACUGGUUUUAAUCUUCUCGGGUUGAGAAGGAUGUGCUAAUUUUUCUAACUGUCUGGAGAACAAGUCUUUCUACAGAGCUAGAUAAUAUGCAGUGUGUCUACAUUUAAAUAAAAUAACCUUUUAAAUUUUA